GUAGCUUUGGGUCAUUAGAUCCGGUUUGAAACCUUCUAAGUACAAGUCUUGCCGCCACCUAUUUAUGGAUAUUUGGCAUUCAGCCCCUUGUGCGAGCACCGCGGGUUGUUGAAGUGUCGAGAUUCAAGAUAACCAUCAGCCCUGGGAAUCAGCAUAACUCAAGCAUAACUCAAGCAUAUCGCUUCCCUGUCUUCUGAUUAGGCCCCCAUUUCAAACCUAGAGCAGUGUUCCAUCCUUACGACGCCUGAGCUGGCACGCAGCAUCAUUGCCACUAUGAGCUUCAACCUGGAAGAUCUCGAAGGCCCCAUUAUGCACAUCCUCACUGCUCCAGGCGUUGAUUUGAGCACUAUCAGCGCAAAGGGCGUUCGGCAGAAGUUGCUAGAGGACACCGCGUUGGGCCUGACUGCUCGAGGACUGAAGGAACGGAGGACAGAGGUGGACACUAUGAUUUCGAAUAUUUAUGAGGGUGUUAGUCGGCAGGCGCAAGCAGACGAGUCGAAGAGGAAACGCGAGGAAGAAACAGAUGAAGGCACGGAGCAAGAAGAUCAAGGAGAGGCUACGGAGGAGCAGGACGACCAAGAUGAUGCUGCGGAGGAACAGGACGCAGAAGCAUCGGAAGAGGAUGACGUCAAACCGCCAACGAAGAAAAAGAAGCGAGCUGCAAAAAGCGUCGAGGAGGCUGAUGCUGAGUUAGCCAGGAAACUUGCAUCAGAACUCAACUCUCGGUCGCGGCGUGGCGCGUCAAACGGCGCAUCUGCUACACCCAAGAAGCGAAAAACGAAGAAGAGUGCAGCUGUGGUAGAUUCUGGUGCCGAGGACGAGGGUGAAGAUGGGGAGAAGCCAAAGAAGAAACGUAGCGGAGGUGCAAGGGGAGGCUUUGCGAAGGAAUAUAUCCUCAGGUGCUUCAAAUGCCCUGUUCUACGUCUUUUAUUACCGUGCGAUAUCCUCAUCUUUUCUUCGUUUUACAGCGAAUCCCUGUCAGUGAUCGUUGGCGUGGACAAACUAUCGCGCCCCCAAGUCGUGAAGAGAUUAUGGGAAUAUAUUCGUGGUCAUGAACUUCAAAACCCCUCUAACAGGCGUGAGAUCCUGUGCGACGACAAUAUGCGAGCUGUUUUCGGUACUGAAAAGGUCGACAUGUUCCGGAUGAACAAAGUUCUCGGACGGCAUCUACAUGCCCAGUAACAACGCUGGGGAGAGGUAUACCAAGCCGACGUGUGUU